AUGUCUCUCUCUCGCCAUCUCGACGCGGACACCAUCCUUGCUCAGGCGGUCGACCAUCCGCACAGGAAACACGUCCAUCAUUCGCGCAACGAUAAACAACGACGCGAAAUCCACGAUGGAGCAUACUCAUCCCGCUUUGCAACUGAGCAGCUCCCCAAGUACAGCAUUCCCUCGACUGGCGUAAGCGCUCAUGCGGCCUACCAACUCGUUCACGAUGAACUCGACCUCGACGGAACCCCGUCGCUCAACCUGGCGUCCUUCGUACACACGUGGAUGCCUGAUGAGGGAAAGAAGCUGAUUAUGGAGAAUAUCUCUAAAAAUUUCGCUGAUCAAGACGAGUAUCCGGCUACCAUGGCUAUUCACACCCGUUGUGUGUCCAUGCUAUCUGACCUAUGGAAAGCACCUGACCGUGGAAAGGCUAUUGGAACGGCGACCGGAGGAUCAUCCGAGGCGAUCAUGUUGGGCGGUCUGGCCCUUAAGAAGCGUUGGCAAGCUGCUCGAAAGGCUGCCGGGAAAUCUAUCCAUGAGCCUGGCCCUAAUAUCGUCUUUGGUGCGAAUGCUCAGGUCGCACUUGAAAAGUUUGCCAGAUACUUUGAUGUUGAGUGUCGUCUUGUUCCGGUCGAUGAGUCGACGAAUCAUGUAAUGUCUCCUGAACGUGCCAUGGAUUAUAUCGAUGAGAACACUAUUGGUGUGAUGGUGAUUCUCGGCAGUACCUAUACUGGAGCUUUCGAAGAUGUCGAAGGAAUGGCUCGUCUCUUGGAUGAAUACGAGACCAAGACAGGAAUCAACGUCCCUAUCCACGUUGAUGCCGCUUCUGGUGGAUUUGUUGCUCCGUUCGCGUAUCCCAAAUACAAAUGGUCAUUCGAUAUACCACGUGUCGUAUCAAUCAAUACCUCUGGUCACAAGUUCGGUCUCGUCUAUGCUGGCUUGGGAUGGAUCAUCUGGCGCAGCGAGGAAAUGCUCCCCAAGGAACUGAUCUUUGAGCUCCAUUACCUCGGAAGUGUCGAAUACAGUUAUACCCUCAAUUUCUCUCGUAGCGCAGCCCCUAUUAUUGGCCAAUUCUUCAACUUUUUGAAUCUUGGGUUCGACGGUUAUCGUAGAAUUGCACUAAGCGACCUGCGUAACGCACGGCUCCUCUCCCGCGCACUAGAACGAUCUGGAUUCUUCAUUUGCUUGAGCAACAUCCAUCGAAAACUCGGAACAACUAAAGGCCUCGCACAAGCGAUCACAGAAACCCUCGCGGGAUUCGAUGAAGACGAUGCGGAGUUCUACGAGCGCGGAUUGCCCGUUGUAUCGUUCCGCUUUACCGACCAGUUCCGUCAAGAGAAUCCACAUGUGAAGCAAGUAUGGAUCCAAAAUUUGCUGCGUGCAAAGCAAUGGAUAGUUCCGAAUUAUGCUCUUCCGCCUAACGAAUCGGAUAUCGAGAUCCUGAGGAUUGUUGUGCGGGAGAGUAUGAGCGCCGAUCUUGUUGAAAAGGUUGUGGUUGACAUCUUGCAAAUCACUGAAUCGUUAAUGAAUGGUUCAAGUGACGUUGCCAUGAUGGCGACUGUCACAGCCCCCGCCGUGAACAAGGACACAGCUGGACACAGCCAAUUGGAUGAUUCGCAUCCUGACCAGCAGUCAACUACAACCUAUGCCAAACCUUGCUAA